CUUCAACACUGCACGGCUCCCCCAUUCAAAUUUUACACUCAAUCCACCUUCCCUUUCUCCGAGUCUCAAGUAGGGUUUGUUCAUUUUGUUUUUGUAAAUCUAUUCCUAAAAAUCAAAACCCGUAUUCUUCCGUUUCUCAAAUUUCAAUGUAUCAUUGUGAUUUGCAAUCACUAAAAAUUUAAUUUUCCGGGAGAAUUCGAGUUCAGGUGCUGGAUUUUCUCGGGAGAAGGAAAUUGGAUGCAGGGUAUUCUAAAUGAUGAACUUGGCUGAUCCAUCAAUGGGGCUACUGGCGGCAAGCGGAGGCGAUACGGUGAAGCUUUUUGAUGUUUCGGGGGAGCCGGGUGAUCCCUGCAUCGUGAGCUACACACCAUGUCCGGGUUGCCUGGUCAACUCAGUCAAGUGGAACCACACUAAUUUGAUUGUGGCUAGUGCUGGAGAAGAUAAGAAGAUCUCUCUCUGGAGGAAAAAUGGGCAGAUCAUGGGGACUAUUCCGGUUGCUGGGACAGAUAGUGGAGACAACAUUGAGGAAUCUAUAUUGGCUAUUAGCUUUAGUAACAAGGGAUCCAGAUACAUGUGCUCUGGGGGAAGUGGUCGAGUAGUAAGAAUAUGGGAUCUACAGAGGAAACGCUGCAUUAAAUGGUUGAGGGGUCACACCAAUACAAUAACUGGUGCUUUAUACAAUUGCAAAGAUGAGCAUUUGGCUUCCGUCAGUCUAAGUGGGGAUCUUAUCCUUCACAACCUUGCAUCUGGCGCAAGGGCAGCGGAGCUCAAGGAUCCUAAUGAACAGGUACUGCGGGUGCUAGAUUAUUCACGGAUUAGCCGGCACCUUUUGGUGACUGCAGGGGAUGAUGGGUCAGUACAUUUAUGGGAUACAACUGGUCGCAGCCCUAAGAUUUCUUGGUUGAAGCAACAUUCUGCCCCAACUGCUGGUAUUAGCUUCUCACCAUCAAAUGACAAGAUAAUAGCUAGUGUUGGACUGGAUAAAAAGUUAUACACUUAUGAUUCAGGGUCUCGGAGACCCUCAUCCUUCAUAUCUUAUGAGGCACCUUUCUCUUCAUUGGCAUUCAGAGAGGAUAGCUGGAUUCUUGCUGCUGGAACUAGCAGUGGUCGAGUGGUAUUCUAUGAUGUUCGUGGAAAACCACAGCCUUUCACUGUUCUUCGUGCUUAUAGCACUUCAGAGGCUGUUACAAGUUUAUGCAGGCAAAGAUCAAAGCCCGUUGUUGUAAAUGGGAGUACCUGCACUGCUGAGACAGCUCUUCUGGGAGGUGCUGUUGAAGAUUCCAUUCUUAUGCCUGACCCCCUUCCCUCUGUGACAUCAUCAAGUGUUUCACUAUCUACUGCAGUGUUGAGUUCUCGUAAUCUUGGCCGUUCUGGUCUUUCUGUAGGAGCAUCAUCUCUUACAUCAACUAGUAGUGGAUCUGCAUCAAGUAUGCCUUCAUUUGCAUAGGAAACACCACAUCGAAGCCAUUUGUGGCCAAGUGGAACAUUGGCAAGAUUACAUGCUCCUCGUACAAGUUAUAAUUUUAAGGAUGACAUGGAAGUAUUUUCCCCACUUGUUGAUGUCCCGCCUAUCACACCUUCACUUGAUAAGCUCUGGGAUUAUCAUGAGGGAACAAAAAAGGAUAAUCUAUCAAUUGAUAAGAAGUCCUCAUCUUUGUUGUUUCCUUCAGCUGGUAGAAGAUUUCCUUCUGCAGAGGAUGGGACAAGUGAUCAUCCAAUAUUCGAUUGGAAAGCUGGUUCAACUUCCAAACAGGAUGAGAUCAGAUCUUCUUUUUCACUGUUGGCGGGAUCUACUCCCACUCCAGCUUCAAAAAGCGAAGAAUCCUCCAUCACUCCUCCAGAAGCUUGGGGUGGAGAGAGAUUAUCCGACAAACUUACCCACUUACAUCAGCCACUCAAUUUACCUUCUCGUUUUGGGAUGUUGACUUCUGGGGGUUUGCAAGAUCUGCCCUCUUCAACAAAUCAGACAAUUAUUAGCUCUUUGACAAAUUCAAACAUGAGUUUUUCAAAUCUGCGCCCCAGAGAUGUUUCUUCAAAUCAGGAAAGUUCAACAGGAUUUUCAGAACUCAUUUCCUCUAGUUCCAUGUCUCAAUCUGUGAGUACAAAAAGCAUUGUUGGACAAACCAACCUUGAUGUGCCAGGAUCAGGCUCUUCGACCCUUCCUCGUAGAUUUUCAACUUAUGCUGAGAGAAUAAGCACAACUUCCUCCUUCAAUGAUGGGAACUCCCUUGCAAUGAGUUCUCCUAAAAUGAAGAAAACAGGAGCUGAGACCAGGGAAGAGCUUUUGAGUAGCUUGUUGUCAAGGUCUGACACAUCGGCUGUGACAGAACAAGGAAUUCUUCCAGCAGUAAAUGGAGGAAUUUCACAACCAAAUAAGGCCCUUCAGCUGGAUCCACAGCAGGGAAAUUCCUUCACGCUCCAGCUUUUUCAACGCACUCUUGAAGAAACUCUUGAUUCAUUCCAGAAAUCCAUCCAUGAAGACAUGAGGAACCUUCACAUCGAAAUUCUAAGACAAUUCCAUAUGCAGGAGAUGGAAUUUUCUACUGUGAUGCGCUCAAUUCUGGAAAAUCAGGCAGAGCUGAUGAAAGAAAUUAAGUCUCUUCAGAAAGAAAACCAGGAGCUUCGCCAGUUACUUUGAGAAAUAGUGAAGACUGCAUUGUUACUUGUGACUGUUAAUGGAUUUUGGAAUAUGUUCAUUUGCAUGGUUUUGCACUUCACAGGUACCCCUCUGUGUUUUGCUUCCCUCAGCAAUUAUGCGGAAAGUUCAGCGGGGGGAGAAAAAGGACCAAAAUUCAAGCUGUUAGAUUUAGGAUUAUUGUUCUUGUGCAUGUAUGUAAAUAGAUGCCUUAUAGCUUAUGAAAUGAAAGCUUUUAAUUUCAUUCAGUUUAGGAUGAACUGCUAGAUUAAUUUUAUUAUUUUGUUUGAUUUUUAGGAUAUGUCUUUGUUGUUUAGUCUAGCUCUUUUGAGUUAAAUGGUUGGAUUGUGAUUUUGGAGCUUCCUAAAAUGCAAUCAACUGGCUUUGAAGAUUGACA